AAAUGCUUUUCAUCUUAUUGUGGAUCCACAAUGUUUGAGGCGAGAGCGUAUCAGCGGAAUCACUCUUUGCCAAAGCUUUGUUGGAGAAAGAUGUAAAUAAAGAAGUAAAUCAUAAAAAACUACAUUUUCUGUUUAAAUUAAAACGAUCUUCAACAAACCAAAAGCUACUACAAAGUAAUUUGAAAUUUAAAAGAAAAGAACACACACAAGAGCUGAAAGUAAGAAAAUAAAAGACAAAUUUGAAGAAGGUCCACAAUAAAGGUAACAAACCAAGCAACCAACCAAUCAACUGCCAAAUAUAGAAUUGCAAUGAUUAAAGAUCGUUUAGAGGAACUUAGAGAGGUGGGAAUCCAAACUGCUCCAUGCCAAAUCGUCGGACUCAUUGUGCAUUAUAAAUGAAGAUGACAUUGUGGGCUAUAUUAGCCAUGAAAAAGCCAACGGAAAAGAACCCCUGCAGCCAGUUGCCAAUGGGCGGGAGUUGGGGGAGGAGGAAGCGGAGGCGAAUGAAGAAACGGAGUUUGUCAUUAUACCACAUAAUCCUGCCAUGGAAGCCCUUUUGAAAGUGUACUCCCAAAUCCUCCAAGAAUUCACUGUGAUACAAAGCAAUUUGGAUAAAAUGAAAGACAUGGCUACGGCGAAAAAUGCAAAGAACUUCAAUGAAAAAGACUUUUACAAUUUACGCCAAAGCAGUAUUCUCAUCGGAGGUAAUAUUAUGAAUAAAUUCCAAACGCUGGAAACGAAUCUGCCACAGUCAGACGAUUUUACGACACUGGCGCGAAUGAAACGAAUACUCUACUAUGGAUUGUUUCAAAAGUAUGUCGAAAUAUGGACGGAAAUGGAAGAAUUUCUACAGGAAUAUGAAAAUAAUUUGAAACGAACACUGCGAACCCAGUCGAGAAUAUUGAAUAUUGAACUGAAUGAAGAGGAAAUCGAGACAUUGGUCACCAACAAACAGACAAAUUUAUAUACAUGUAAUAUUUUAGAAGAUACCGAACAUGCGCGAAAAACCUUAAACGCCUUGACUGCCCGUCUGGGAGAUCUGAAGAAAUUGGAAAAAUCUCUGGAAGAAGUACAUGCUGUCUUUAUACAACUGCAAACCUUAGUUGUGGAACAGAGUAUGGUCAUUCAAAGCAUAGAAAAACAUUAUCUAGAUGCCCGAGACUAUGUGGAACAAGCAGCCGAAGAAAUCAAAGAAGCUGAAGUUUUACAAAAGAAACGAAUCAAGUUUUGGCACAUCUUCCUUAUUUUUAAACGGACAAAGAGAACUGUUCGCAGAGAGGUAGUAGAUGGAGGAGGUCAUGAAGUUAUAGAGAAUGCCAACGAAAUGGUAGAACACUGUUUUGUAUUGGAGCAAGACGAAGUAUCCUAAGGGAAUUCCAUGGCAUGAAGAUAAUAUGGACUAUUUUGGAAAUAAACGAAAAGCGCAAUAUCUAAGCGGUUUCGAAUGCACAUGUGUGACUCCACCAUAAAUAUCAGCGUGAAUGAUUAUUUUGCUGUAAUAAAGAUAUCUUAUUUAGACAAUAUAAAUUCCAUUUAUGAUGAAACUCGAAUAA